AUAGGCUGUCUGACAUGACAUCUUUACUUACAUUAAAUGUUCGUCUCGUCGUUAGUCAGCAGUUCGCACUUUUAUGCGUUUCAUAUUUUGUAAAUCGUUCAUCGGUUUUAAAUAUUAUUGCUAAAGUUAGCUUCUUUUACCAAGGUCUUUUAUUUCUAAGUUAUCUGUGAUGAAAUACUUGUGAAAAUAGUACUAGCUGUUAUAUUUAUCCAUUUUGGUGAUUGCACACUGCUCGCUGUCGAAAUUUUAAUAACAAGCAAUACCUUCGAAUUAUAAUGAAUGAAUGAAUGAAUGAAUAAUUUACAUUUAUGAAUAACAUACACUAGAAAGAAUAUUUAUUUCGCAUUUUAUCUGCAAUGAACACAUUUAUUUUAAUGUUUUUUAUAAGCUUUAAAAACAAUUCCAUGGGACUGUAUUGUCGAUGCGGAUGACCCCUGGGCCUAAGAAGUUGCACACUUAUAAUUCUCGUUUCAGUUCUCCCUAGUCUCCCUCGGCCAGAUUCAAGAUGGUUGCCAAAGUGAAAUUAUGGAAACACUACUUUAGAGUGCUGAUACUUGAUAUUUAGAUUGAUAAGAACUAUUUGGAUAUUAAUUUUGAGACCAAUCUUUGUUGGAGAAAUAUUCGAGUCUAUCGAAUGUUCGUUAGUCAUGAAUCCAGAAAACCAACAGAUAAAGGAACUAGUCAAGGAUAAAAGAGAAUCUCAUCACAAAGAACCAUUUUCAUCUGGUUUAACAGGAGGUAUUUGGAAUGUACAAGAUUUAAGGAAUAAAUCACCAGCAUCAGGUGGUCACUUGAAAAAUCAUAAUUUUGGCAAGUCGUCAGGCCGUAGUACGCCGCGAAGAAGCUCAUCAAGGUCUAUAAAGCGAAAGAAAUUUGAUGAUGAACUUGUGGAAAGCAGUUUGAAAAAUGCUGGAAAAGCGUUAGGCUUACCUGAAGCCAUUGAAAUCAAAGAAAAGGAGAAGAAGCCAAUAAAUAAAUCUUCUUCUAUUUCAAACCAUGGUCCUUCUGUGCAUAAAAAACAAAAGAAAAAUAAGAGUAAUGCAGCACCAUUAAAGAAUGUUGGCAGAUGGCGACCAUCCGAUGACCUGACUCUUAUAACAGCAGUCCUUCAGACAAAUGAUUUGAAUGCUGUUCAUAUUGGCUGUAAAUCCUGUCGAUUUACACUAAAUGAGGUUGAAGAUCGUUGGUUUGCUUUGCUUUAUGAUCCAGUUGCAUCAAGGUUGGCAUCGUAUGGCAUGAAACAGUUGCCAUGUGAUAUUGUUCAACAAAUUCAAAGUAAUACAUUAUGGAGCAAAGAAGAAGAAGAUUUAUUAGCUAAGACAUCUGCUACAACAACUGCUAAUGUGCAGUAUUUUCAAAAAUUGCUUGAGGACAAUACAGCAACAUUUCAUCAGUAUAGAACAGCAAAAUCUGUCAUGCAACAUUGGCUUCAAAUGAAACAUUACCAACUUCUUGAUGAUCAGACAGUACUGGCAUUGGGCAGUGCCACGGCAACCUUCUCUGAUUUUGAAGAACAAGUGAAGGAUUCUGAGUUAUCAAUGAAUGAUGAAGUUUUGGAACAUGAAUUAAAUAUUUCUGAUCGUCGGGCUAAACGAGAAAUUCGUCAGCUGGAAGAAGAAAUACCACGAUGGCAGGCAAUUGUUGACUCUUUAAAUGAAUCUGGAACAGCUCCCACUGAAUUUGAUUCACAAACUUUGGCGGUCUUAAGAGGAAGGCUUGUACGAUAUUUAAUGCGUUCAAGAGAGAUUAUUGUUGGCAGAUCUACGAAAGACCAUAAUGUUGAUGUGGAUUUAUCAUUGGAGGGUCCUGCUGGAAAAGUUUCUCGAAAACAGGCGGUGAUUCGUUUGAAAACAGAUGGAGAAUAUUAUAUAAUGAACGAAGGUAGACGUCCUAUUUUCAUUGAUGGUAAACCUGUUUUAACAGACAUCAAGGCGAAGCUUCAUCACAAUUCAACAUUUGAGAUAUGCGGUCUUCACUUCGUAUUUUUAAUUAACAAAGAUUAUUCAUCUGAACGUAAGCAUGUAGAAAACACAUAAGAGAAGGCGCCUGGUUAUUUUGUGCUUCUCAUCAUUGGUAUAUUUGCCAUUCUUCAUGAUGGACGAACUGUUUCUUGUGUUUGACUUCAAUGUUAUUCGGUCUGUUUUUUCUCUUGCUAAGAAUUCUUCUUCAUGUUGACUAAACAUAAAUGGACGGCCUAACUUGUUUGAAACUGCUAAAACGUGUAAACGGAAUUUACUUUAUUGGAAAUAUGUCUUCUCUUGUUAAUCUCAGGAUUCCAGCUAGCAAAGAAAGUAUAAACAGGAGUUACAUGACACUUUUCAUUCUUGUAGCAGUAAAUAUUCCAUAGAUUGUUUAAAACUGUCUUAUGUCAAAUUGCUGAAAUUUCUAUUUCUUUUUAAAAUGCUUAGGAAAAGCAUAAAAAUUUUUUUUAAUAAGUUCAUCUGUCUGAAAUAAAAUGUAUACAAAUUAUAUAUAGGUCCUUAAAUUUAGUUUAAUUUAGGAAUAUAUGCGCUAACGCACAUUUUUGGCAUUAUAAAUUUAAGUCUAUAUGAAAUAUUACAAUCAAUACAUGUUAAAUCCAGCUACAA